AUGUACGGCGGCCUCUUUAGGAAGCGAGCGCGUGACGCCGAUGCACCUGUACGCGGGAACGCCCCGAGCGGGGAUGGAGGUGCGUCGGGCAAGCCCGCUGGCCUCGUCUCCCCCACACCGUCGCUCCGCACCGUGUACCACUAUCCUUCGAGCCUGCCCUUCCCAACCGUGAUGAACGCCGACUUUCCCUCCGAGUCGUACCGCUCUCGUAGCCAAGACGUGAAGGCGGCUAUUCACUGGGGCCAGCGGAAGCUCCUACUCUCCGAGAUACAGCUUCUCUCCUUGUAUGCCCGACCGAAUAUACCCUAUCACAUUGUGUAUGCUGGGUCGGCCCCCGGCACGCACCUUGCCUUCCUCGAUGAUAUGUUCCAGAGUCGACACACCUGGGAACUCGUGGAUCCGGGUCGAUUUGAUCGAUCUGUGCUGGGGGGGCGAGCAAAUUUUCUUCUUCGGAAUGAGUUUUUCACAAACGCCACAGCCUAUGGCAUUAAUGCACGCCGUCUUUCGGAGGUGCUCCCUGGGUUGGGACUUGUUUACCGCGAUGUUGCCCUCGGUCGCGCCAGCGUAGCGAAGAAGGAACUUCACGAACAGCUUCAGAGCAUCGUUGGAACGAUUGAUGUGGCCCGUGGCACGGAAGAUAUUCCCUCCAUGUACGAGCCACGGCUGGAUAUCCCCUUUGGCUUUGAGAUCCUCUGCUACGUUGGGAUGGAGCGAAGCAAACCACUUAUGUUUGUCUCCGAUAUUCGAUCUGGGAGCGUCAGUCUUCCCAACUUUGAGGAUCACGUGGCUGAGAAUAUGCGGGCACAAGAGUGCUGGUGUCAAAUUCUUCAGGGUGAGCACAGCAUGCUGAAGUUUAGGUUACCCUACACUCACAAAAAAAGUGGAUAUGGUGGCAAGGAACGCAAAGUCAAGUCCAGUUUAAUUGGAGCAGAUGGCACGGUGAAGUACCUGCGCGGAGACAUUCUUCUUCCCAUUUGGACCCGCCCGACAAGCACAGAAGGACGUUUGGUGGUCCCACAGGGAGCGCAUCAGGUGCCGUACAACGUCACGCAAGUGGAGAAUCAAUUUUUUUUCUUCAACGCACAUGUGCGGGAGGCGGUGCAUUUUAACCACAUUCUUUUGCCCGACGAAGACCUUGACCACCACUACGAUGCGGCCGCGGAGAUCAACUGCCUCCUUGCAUAUCUGAAGUUCUUGCAUCCAGAAACGAGGGAGGCUGCCGUGGAUGUGCUGCGUCGCGAGGUAAAACACAUCUCAGCAUCAAUCACGGCGCACCUGCGCGUCAAGUUCCAGGAUGUGAUUCGUCGCCGAGAGUACCUCGUCUUGAAGCAGGCGCGUAGUGGGCAAGUCGAGGAUGAGGGCGACGAGAGUGACGAUGAGGCGGUGGGCGCUGGUGGCCCGCACUGUGGUGAGGCGCAGCCUCGCUCUUCAUGGGAGGCGGUUGCGAAGAAGAUAAUACAGGCGGCCGCAAAGGAGCGGGCGCGUGUGGUGUGGAUGCGAAACGUCGAAGAGACAGAGGCGGAUGUGCGCAGUGGUGUUUGGGUGACGACAAACAUGCGGCAGUGA